GUACAACCCUCAAUUAACUCCUAUCUUUUCUACUCAAAAAGGAAAUUAAUUUCCCUAUAUUUUUCUCUCUCAGCGCUGUAACAAAACCAACUGCAAAAAGGAGAGUAAAAAAAGAGUGUAUAAAUUGUGAACCUGGGAAGCAGAACAAGUAUAUCUCACAGAGUAUCAAAAGAAGCAAGCAAGCAGCUGCCCUUCCUCGUCCCAAGGAGGAAGAAGAAGACACAGAGAAUCACACUCUCCAAUGUAAUUUUUCAGCGAGGGCGAGGUUUGCUAGAUCUACAUUUCUCGCCGAAAUGGAGAGACAAUGGUUUUCUACUUGCUGCGUACUUCUUCUUCUAGUACUAGUAUCCUGCAACAGCUCAUUUGCAGCAGCUGGGGCGAAACCUCUUUACUUGAAGUACAAAGACCCCAAACAGCCCGUUGGAGCCAGAAUCAAAGACCUGGUCAAGAGAAUGACCCUGGAAGAGAAAAUCGGCCAGAUGGUCCAGAUUGAUCUCACCGUCGCAUCCUCUGAUGUCAUGAAGAACUACUACCUUGGGAGUGUGCUGAGCGGUGGAGGCAGCGUUCCAUCUCCAAAGGCGUCGGCUGCAGCCUGGGUCAAUACGGUGAACGGACUCCAGAAGGGAGCUCUGUCCACCCGCCUAGGAAUCCCCAUGAUUUAUGGGAUUGAUGCUGUUCAUGGCCACAACAAUGUCUACAACGCCACCAUUUUCCCUCACAAUGUUGGACUCGGCGUCACAAGGCGAGUUAAUUUCACCUCUGCCAGGGAUCCCCAGCUCAUAAAAAAGAUUGGAGCUGCAACUGCUAAGGAAGUCAGAGCAACUGGGAUACCAUAUGCUUUUGCUCCAUGCAUUGCUGUUUGCAGAGAUCCGAGAUGGGGUCGGUGCUACGAGAGCUACAGUGAGGAUCACACCAUUGUUCAAAAGAUGACAGAGAUCAUACCCGGUCUACAAGGAGAUCUCCCUGCAAAUUCCAGAAAGGGUGUCCCCUUUGUUGUGAAUAGGACCAAGGUUGCAGCUUGUGCCAAGCAUUACAUGGGAGAUGGUGGCACGACCAAGGGGAUCAACGAGAACAACACUGUUAUCUCCAUGAAUGGACUGAUGAGCAUCCACAUGCCAGCGUAUCUGAACUCCAUCAGCAAAGGUGUGGCCACGAUCAUGGUUUCGUACUCGAGCUGGAACGGGAAGAAGAUGCACGCCAAUCGCGAGCUCGUCACAGGGUUCCUCAAGGACAAACUCAAGUUCAGGGGAUUCGUGAUUUCGGACUGGCAGGGAAUCGACAGGAUCACUUCUCCACCGCAUGCUAAUUACAGCUCUUCCAUUACAGCAGGAGUUGGCGCUGGAAUCGACAUGAUCAUGGUUGCCUACAACUAUACAGAGUUGAUUAACGAUAUGAUCUACCAAGUGAAGAACAGGAUCAUUCCUGUAAGCAGGAUUGAUGAUGCUGUGAAGAGGAUCCUGAGAGUCAAGUUCGUCAUGGGACUGUUUGAGAAGCCACUGGCUGAUCUCAGUAUGGUCAAUGAGCUUGGGAAACAGGAGCAUAGAGAUUUAGCUAGAGAAGCUGUGAGGAAGUCACUUGUGCUGUUAAAGAAUGGCAAAACUGCUGAUAAGCCAUUGUUACCUCUUCCUAAGAAAGCAGCCAAGAUUCUUGUGGCAGGAAGCCAUGCUGAUAAUUUGGGGAACCAAUGUGGAGGAUGGACCAUCACAUGGCAAGGCCAAACUGGAAAUGAUCUGACAUCUGGAACCACAAUCCUCAAAGCAGUGAAGAGCGCGGUUGCUCCCUCCACUCAAGUCGUCUACAGCGAGCAACCAGACGCCAGUUUCGUCAAGUCCAGCAAGUUCUCCUACGCCAUCGUGGUCGUUGGCGAGCCACCAUACGCCGAGACUCAGGGUGACAGCUUGAACCUGACCAUUCCAGCAGCUGGGCUGACCACAAUCAACAAUGUCUGUGGCUCCAUCAAGUGCGUCGUCGUGGUGAUCUCAGGAAGGCCAUUAGUGAUCGAGCCGUACCUAGCCAAGAUCGACGCUCUCGUCGCAGCCUGGCUCCCUGGAACCGAAGGCCAGGGCGUUACCGAUGUUCUGUUCGGCGAUUACGGGUUCACUGGAAAGCUGGCCAGAAAUUGGUUCAGGUCAGUCAGUCAGCUUCCAAUGAACGUGGGUGAUGCACAUUACGACCCUCUGUUUCCAUUUGGAUUCGGGCUGACCACUGAGCCGAUCAAGAGUUAGAAAGCUUUUCCUGGCCUAGUUUGAGACAUUAUCUAAAAGAGUCGUGAAUGAGGAAAUGCAUGUGAGGGAAUAGGGAUUUAUAUUUUAUAGGAAGGUGAAGGUUAUUGAGAUCCCAUUUGUGGGAGGCAGAGCACCAUGAACAGUCGUUGAGUGAAAAGGGAUGGAUUAGACACUGAAGUCCCUCCUUUCACCAAUUUGCAAGGGUUGAAGCUUUUGUUGAUCCAUUGGAAUAACUAUUGGAUGGUUCAGAGAAAUGAUAUUAAUCGAUAAUAAUCCAAUCAUAUGACGUUAUAAUUAGGCUUCUCAAUGGAUGUCGAAAUACGGUUUGCAAAAAACGUACCGGCAGUUCGAUCGAAAAUAUUGUUUAGCGGAGCCCAAAUCGGUAUAAGAUUUUACUAGUACGAUGGUUCAACCAUUGAUUGAAACAUUGAUGUGGCUACAAAGAAUUUUCGGCCUUGAAUGGAAUUCCAAACCACAAG